UAAAUUCAAUUCAAUGAAGUAUAUCAAAAGGAGGAAGUAUCUUUAAAGCAAGAAGAUAACAGUUAUACCUACUUACACAUAAAAUAAAUCCUCUUCACUCCCUUCACCUUUGUUUGUGUGUAUGAGAAACCAAAACCAAAACCAAAAUACAUUUAAAUUAAAUAUUUAUGUAUAUUAUGAGAUUCUCAAACUUAGCCUUUCUCUUAUUACUAUUAUUGGUAGUAGAAGAAACCACUUGCUUCAAUAAACACAUUCAUGAGCUUUCUCAUUUCAUCAACAAACUUAAGCAUAAAGUGGAUAUUCCCUUGUCCCAAUCACCAUCUCCUUCUCCAUCACCAGACACAAAAAUGAGUGGAAGAGUGUUGUGCCCAAUUGAAUAUGGUGCAGACCCUAGAGGGGAAAAUGAAAGCAGUGAUGCCAUUAUGAAAGCCUUAGAAGAUGCUUUUGAGAUGGAUAAUGAGGGACUUGAAUUGUUGCCAGGAAUUAGAGACCUUGGUGGUGUUGUUAUUGAUUUUCAAGGUGGAAAUUACAAAAUCAGCAAACCUAUCACAUUUCCUUCCUCUAUUGGCAAUCUUGUGGUAAAAGGUGGAACAUUGAGAGCUUCUGAUACAUUUCCAACUGAUAGACACCUUGUUGAGUUGUGUGCAUCAAAUUCCCAUAACCUCCAAAAUACAACAACACCAUCCAUAAAUCAUCAGCAUGAAUUCAACAACAACAAUUUACUUCAACAAACAAUAGGAACUUACUAUGAAGACAUAACAUUCCGUGACAUCCUCUUCGAUUCAAGCUACCGAGGCGGAGGAAUAUUCAUCGUUGAUUCGGCUAGAAUCCGAAUCAACAAUUGUUUCUUCCUUCAUUUCACCACAGAAGGAAUUCUAGUUCAAAAGGGACAUGAAACCUUCAUAUCAAACAGUUUCCUUGGACAACACUCAACAGUUGGUGGAGACAAAGAUGAGAGAAAUUUCACAGGAACUGCAAUUGAUCUUGCUAGCAAUGACAAUGCAAUAACAGAUGUUGCAAUUUUCUCAGCAGCAAUUGGAAUUGUUGUGAGGGGACAAGCUAAUAUAAUAACAGGUGUGCAUUGUUAUAACAAAGCAACAUAUUUUGGUGGAAUUGGAAUUUUGGUUAAAUUAGGAGGAAAUAGAAUUGAUAAUUGUUACAUGGAUUUUACUAGUAUUGUCAUGGAAGAUCCUUUUCAAGUUCAUGUUACUAAUGGUUUUUUCUUAGGAGAUGCUAAUGUUGUUUUGAAGUCAAUUAAAGGACAAGUUUAUGGUUUAAAUAUUGUUAACAAUAUGUUUAGUGGAAAUCAUGAUAAUAAGGUUCCUAUUGUGACAUUAGAUGGGGAAUUUAGUAACAUUGAUCAAGUGGUGAUUGAUAGGAACAAUGUGAAUGGUAUGAGUUUGAGAUCAACUGUUGGGAAGUUAAGUGUGGAGGGUAAUGGCACAAAAUGGGUGGCUGAUUUUUCAAAUGUUUUGGUGUUCCCUAAUAAGAUUAGUCAUUUUCAAUAUUCAUUUUAUUCAUUAGAGGGACCAAAGUUUGUUGCACAUUUAGUGAGUAAUGUGUCAAAUAAUGUUGUUGUUGUGGAAAGUGAGAAACAAGUUCAUGGUGUUGUUUCCUUUUUUGUUGAACAAUGAGUCAACAUGGAUGUUUUAGCUUUGUCUAGUGUCUAUCUAUGAUAUAUUAAACUGUGGUUGUAUAAUGGAAAUGUUAUUUUCAUUGACAUUAUUAAACCUAUGGACUUUGCAGUUUGCA